AAAUGUUGCCUGGUCGGUCCGUGUAUCUUUUGGUCAUUGGAUUUUCCUUUCAGAAACGGAUAUCAAAAAACAAAAAACAAGUGGUUAUUUGAUUUUUGUUUUAAAAUACAAAAUUUAAAAUUAAAAUACAAAGCGUUUCUCUUUUUCAGUGUCAAAAAGAGAUGAGCGAAAUUUUAAAAAUGAUUUGAAUUUCAAUUUCUAUUUCGGAUAUCAAAAAAUAAAGUUACUUUAGAACAGAAACGAAAAAAAGGCCCGUUUGUUCAUAUUCCGAGACCGGAUGUGGUUAGCACUCACGUGACAAGACCGCCACAUUUGACUGAGUGACAGUCUGCUUAGCCCAGAAUAAAAUGUCUUUGGAAACUUACUCAGUUAUGAUUUUAGACAUGGCAAAACAAGGCCUGUCAUCCACAGAAAUCUCAGCGCAGAUAUCACAAGUAAAUGGGGGAGCAAGAGGAUGUUCCGCAAGAAACGUGAGGAGAUUUUGCAGUGAAAAUGGAUUAAGUUUGAUGGGACUCCCUGACGCACAUUUGGAGUUGGAGGUGGCAAAAGCUAUAACCGAGACUGGACCUACAUAUGGAAGAAAGAUGAUGAAGGUGUAUCUCGCCAUGAAAGGAGUGCAUGCUGCAGAAACACGAAUUGGAUCAGCGCUCAGAACUAUGCAUCAGCCAUACCAUGAAGCAAGACGUCAGGGUGCCCGCAAUCUCAACCCCAUACCAUAUCAAGCUGAUUACAUGGGUCAAAAGGUUCAUAUGGACCAAAACGAAAAACUGGCUAUGUUUGGGGUUACCCAUGUUUUAGCCAUUGAUGGCUUCAGCAAAAAGAUUGUUGCUCAUUCUACAAUGCCUAUAAAAAACAACCUUGCCAUCUAUGAAGAUGUUUUCAGGCCUGCAGUACUUGCCUAUGGUAUGUGGGACCAGGUACGAGUAGAUCAUGGCAAGGAGUUUUAUUUGACGCUUUUCAUGCAGGAGCUGCUGUCAUCUCACCGCCAUAAUCAGGAGCGAAGGCCAUAUUUACAGACUUCAUCCACAAAGAAUCAUAUAGUUGAACGAAUCUGGCCUGAAGUCAACAAUCGUGUCAACUAUCCACUGAAGACAGCACUUAUGGGGUUGGUGGAUCAAGAGGAAAUAGACAUGAACGACUCCCUUGUGAGAUAUUGUGUGUCCAACCUUACUGGCCGCUUGUGUGAGAUUGGUCUUACAAGGCUGGUGGAGUCAUGGAAUGCUCAUAGAAUUCCAGGUAAAGGAACACCAAAUGACUUGGCUGGCCGUGGGUGUCCCAAAAAAAUCCAACAGGAGCUGUUGCCUCAUUCAGCUGAAGCAGCAGACCUUUACAGCCAACAGCUGGGAUCAUCACUGACCAGGCAUUCAACUUUUGGAGUUGAUCCAUUUUCAACUGAACAGGACAAGAUUACAGUUGAGAACCAGUUUGCCGAGCAUUAUUCAGACAUUUCAGAAUUGUACUCUAGAGCAGUGAACAAUGACUUUGCCCCAUACAAACAGGCAUUGCUCUGUCUUAUAACCACAACUCAGCGCAAUGUGUGA